AUGAGCGACGAACCCAACGUUAACACCGGAGGAGGAGACCACAACAUGAUAGAAGUCAUCCCACACCGACACUACAUAAAGGUGCACACGGGACAGACUCGACGCCGCAAACAGUCUCGUGGUUUCUUCUCAUCGGCCAAGGCCAAGCUGGGGCUUGGCGGUGAUGGGGAUGAUAAUGAAUUCUGGAUCGGCGAGCCUACGGACGACCUGCGAGGCAACAUCUUGAUAAUAUGUAACUGGAAGUGGGCUAAAGCGCGGCGUCAUGGACGGUCACACAUCAGAGAACAGAUCCAGGCGGUGAGAUCCAUGGAGGUGCUGCUUCAAAACGCCAAAAUUCUUGCCAAGGGCUUCGAGGCGAGGGACGGUCUGACACAAGCUCAGAUUGAUGAGCAAUGGAUUCGGGCCGGUCGGCUUAUAUGUGAGCAGGUGGGCGACUUUGACGGGGGCAGAGCUAUCCAGGACAUGGGCAGUGGGCAGAGAUAG